UAAAUGUAAAGAUUUGCAUGAAUGAGCAGGAAGCCCUGCAGCAGACUCACAGACGGAUGCAGAGGGGAGGAGUGUGGAGGUGUGUGCUGUGUGUUUGGAGGAGGGACUCCUUCAGUUAGAGAAGUGAGGCGUCACAAGUUCCUGGUUUCCAGUGAAGAAGAAGAGAGGCAGCAGUAAACCAUCAGAGCCUCAUCAUGAAAGUCCAUCACACUCUGAUCUGCUUCUUCUUCCUUUCAGCUCUGCAGGAUGGACACACAGAAGUCACCAGUGCACAGACGCAUUUUUAUCGAAUCGCUGGACAAAGCAUCACAAUUGAGUGCUACUUUCCUUCUUCUAAGAUGUGGAAGAUCUUCUGCAAAGAAAAAUGUGAAAAAGGAAAUAUUUUAAUUGAAACACAGUUCAGCAGUGGUCAUCAUGGCAGAUACAGCACUGAAUAUAAAUACAAAUAUAAUUAUGAAUAUAAAUAUAUUUUGUCUGUAAGCAUCAGAAGUCUCAUCAAGUCUGACUCUGGACUGUACGCCUGUGGUCUGGGCAGCACUCGAGCGCUAUCUUCAUACCAGUUCACACAAUUUGGAAUUGUUGUUGCUGAAGCACUGCUGGAUGGAAACGAUGAUCCUGCUCAGCUGAAACACUUCAAUAAAGAAACUGGAAGCUCUCUCACAGUCGCAUGUUACUUUAAACAACCUGGAAGUAGGAAGUACUUCUGCAGGGGAGAAUGUGAAAGAGAUGACAUUUUAAUUGAGACUCGGGGUAGCAGAGCUCAGAGAGACAGAUACAGCGCUGAAUAUGAAGAAGAAUCUGGUACAAGUGGUAUUCUGUAUGUGACCAUUAAACAGCUGAGGGAGUCUGACUCAGGACGGUACAGAUGUUACGUGGACAGAUCCUUUAGUACUGAUCCAUACAGAGAGUUUGAGAUUACUGUCACAGCAGCAGUCCUCCCAUCAGCCUCCACACCUCCAUUAACUUUCACUGGAGCCACUGAGCAGUCUGAGAGGACAGCAUCUACAGAUGUGGUGCUGUUUGUGGGUCUGACUCUGGCUGUCAUCAUCAUCCUGUUAUCAGUGUCGGUGCUGAUAUUCUGCAAGAACAGAUCGUCUAAACCAAAGGAUCAUCCUGUGGGAACUGAACGUGAUGCUGUCACAGAGACCAACACAGUGUAUGAGAAUAUCCGAGCAGAGGGCAGACACAGCACAUCUCCUCCUUACUCUUAUGCCAAAUACACCAAACCGUCUGGAGUUGAAACCAAUGAUGACCACAGCUUGGUCACUGCAGCCACUUCUCAGCACAGAACUGAAGACGACUCGAGCAAACUCACCUACUCUGUGGUGAAUUUUUCCAAGAAGAGCAGUGACUCUGCCAACAGCACGUCCUGCAGUAACACCAGUGAAGUUAUCUACUCCGAGCCUCGGGUUGAUGCAAACCACUCCGGAGGUGAUCCAUUGUACUCUACUAUAACCUAGCUUUAGCUCCUGUGCUGGUGGCACAGUUUAUUUCUCACAGUGUUCAAAAUGAAGCAGCGCUUCCAUCAAAAUCUGAAGAUUCAUCCUUCCAUCCAUUUUCUUAUCUGGAGCCUUGUCACAGGGGCCCAGACCCAGAGAAGCCCAGACCUCCCUCUCCCCAGCCAUCUACCCCAACUUAUCCAGGGGAACACCAAGUUGUUCCCAGGCCAGCUGAGAGAUAUAAUCUCUCCAACGUGUCCUAGG